AUGAAUCCCCAGGCGGUUUUGGGAUACGUUUGCCUGCUUUGCUUUUCCUUCGUGAGCGCAGCAAAAGGGAAUCCGCAGCCGCUUUCUUUCCAGCCCGGGACCCUGUAUCAGUACCGCUAUUCCCUGGAUGUCCAGCUGGACCACGUGUCCACACCGUCCCCGCGGGGAGCCUGGCUGCGGGCUGAGGCGUUGGUCCAGCUGCACCGGCUCUGGAGGGACCGAGGCAGGGAAGAGCUGCUCCAGGUGCAGAUCCGCGACCUGAAAGCCCAACACGAGCUGGAAGAGGAGAGGAGCCAGGACGGCACUGGAGGUCCCCCUGCAGAGAUUGCACUGAGCCAGAAGGCACGGGCAGAGCUCCAGCAGCCGGUGUUCAUCUCCUGGAGCAGCGGGAAGGUCAAAGCCUUCUACGGGGACGAAGCAGAAAGCAUCCUGAUCUCGAACCUGAAGCGAGGCGUCGUCAGUCUGCUCCAGCUCCAGCCCCACGCCGGCACCGCAGUGGAGGAGGACGUCUCCGGGAGCUGCCAAGUCACGUAUGCUGUGUCCAACCAUUCCAUCACGAAGACGAAAGAUCUCCUCAGCUGCGCAAAGCCGAACCCUGGAUUCACCUCCGUAAACAAAAUUUUUGGAGUCGAGUGGCAGCCCACCAGCAAAAGCCAGUACGUGGUGAAAGACAACCUCCUCCAGUCGGUGCUGUCAGAGGAAAGCCACGUGGUGUCUCCAGCCCUGAGGUCCACCACCGGCAUCAAAAUCAGUUCAAGGCAGCAGCUCCAGCUGGUGUCUCCUCCGAUGCCCGGUCCGACAGAGGUGGCCGGACGAAGCCUUGAGGACGCGCUGGCUGGCACGGAGGGACGGCACCAGCCCCUAGGCAUGGCCAGCCUGCCCUUCAAGAGGGUCUGCACCCGCUGCCCAUCGCUGAGAGCCUACCUGAAGGCUUUUGACGGCCAGAGAGUCAAAAUGGACACCUCGAAGGCCGCGACCACGUGGCAGUUCCAGAGGUUCAUCCAGAUGCUGCGCAGCGCCAAGAAGAGAGACGUUCUGGAGCUGCUGAGGAGAGCGCCCGAGGAGAUGCUCCCCUUCGUUGUGGAGACGGCUGUGGCCGCACAGUCAGUGGCAUCCUUGGCGGCUCUCUCAGACUUUCUGGAUUUCGGCAAGGAGCCCAAAUCCCUGCUGGAGAAGUUUCUCUACGCAGCAGCUUUCUCUCCCCGGCCUUCAGGAGAGCUUCUCCGCCUGGUGUUAGACAAGCUGGAUGGGAAGCAGCUGGCCCCCGAGGUCCGGGAGACAGGGAUAGUUGCCCUGGGCUCUCUGGUUGGCAAGCUGUGCCAGCAGAAGCUGUGUGGGCUGCAGGAGGUGGCACGUGGGGUGGAAACCAUCCUCGCAGGGCUAAGAGGCGCCGAGGAGGAGUCCGAGGCGGUCAUUUACCUGCUGGCCCUGGGGAACGCGGUGCUCCCCGAAACCAUCCCCACUCUCCUGGACCACGCCGAGGAGGGUCCCGCCGCCGUCGCCACCGCGGCCAUCUCUGCCCUGCGGCGAUUCCCUGCUCGGCACAUCUCCAGCAAGGUGAAACGAGCAAUGAGGAGGAUUUUCCACGAGAAGAGGAAGAGCUACGAAAAAACAUGUCGCCUGGCCGCUGCAGAAAUCCUCCUAGAUAACGAGCCCUCGCCCAUGGAUGUCAUCAACAUCCUGCUGGCCGCCAGCGAGCUGGAGACGGAGACGGCAACGUUUCUGCUGCUGAAGGUCCAGAACAGCCUGCGUGCUGACCACCACCACCCGGCAAGGAAGAUAAUGAAAGACAUCAUGGGAGACCCACGGAUAAAUAAUUACAACUUCUUCUCGAAAGCCGGCAUCUCCUCUUCUUUCUCAGGACCUCUGACAGUCACCCAGGACCUGCUUUCCACCUUCGAGCUGGACCUGCUGUUUCUGGAGGGUGGAUUCCUGAGGAAGAGCGUCUCUGACUUCUCGCUGUUCAGCCGCGGCCGGCGGCUUCGCGCAGCUCAGGUCACUAUUGAAGCACAAGGGAUGGAGUCGAUGCUGGGAGAAAACGUCUCGGAAGGGGAAGAGGAGCCAGAGCUCAUGGCCGGGAUGUCUGCCAUCUUCUUCGAUGUUCAGUUGCGGCCGAUCGUCUUCUUCCAGGGAUAUACAGACUUAAUGGCCAAGGUCCUGUUAAGCAGCGGAGAACCCACAAGCAUGGUCAAAGGGAACCUCCUGCUGACGGACCAUCACCAGGUCAUUCCUCUGCAGUCUGGCCUCCAAGUGGCCGUCAAACUCCAGGGCGGGCUGGGGCUUGACAUUUCAGCUGACAUGGACGUGAGCAUCUGGGAGCAGGAUCUGAAAACCAGCAUCAACGCGAGGGGAAACCUUGCCAUUGAUUUCCAGGCAGAACUAGAUGCCCCUUUCCUCCAAGCCACCCUGAGAAGCCAGACGGAGGUGGAGACCUCAAUCCACUUUGACACCAUGCUGAGGUUUUCCGGCAGCCCAGUGCUCAUGUGCCUGCAGCUGAGAGAGGAGCAGGUCCCGUACAGAGAAAUCUUCACAGUUUCCAAGUCUGCCGGGAGCCAGAGCAGCACCGCUCGAAAAGGCAGGCAGGGCACCGUGCCCGGGCGGGAGUUUGCCUUGCACCGGGCCAACUCCAAGGUCUGCAACCUCCUGCUGACGGCGGAAGAAGAAUAGCGGAGUCGGAGCGCUUUGGGACUGGGUAACUGCCCCUUCUCCUGCCACACACCCCAGUUCUCUGUGAACCCGACAUGAGGUGGCAAGGGCUCUGCCCAACUCCUCCACAACCAUCUUUUAAUAAGAAAAAUGCUGCGCUAAGGGCAUCAGAAGAGACCACACGAGGAACUGCUGCAGGACAGCCAGAGGCACCCCUUGCUUGGGGCUGGAGGAGCCAAACCUGCCCUCCCCACCCCAAAGGCUGAGAUUUCCCCCGCCUGAACUCUUCCCCUUCAUGGGGAAGGGCUUGCUGGGAGCCAAACUGGUCCUUGUGAAAAACAGCCUUCUUUUGCAAAUGAAUGAGUUUCUCGGAGCCCAAGAAACCCUUCUGCAAGCCUAUACCCAAAAAUGCCAUGUUUUCUCCCCAUUUAUCAAAGUGGUCAGGAGGGAGCACAUCUAGCAGCCAGCAGGGAGGAGGUUCCCCACAGAAGGAGUGAAUGACCCUUAUUUAAUGUACAGUUUUGCGGCUGCCAACUUGUCCAGAAACAUGGAAAAACAUAUUUCUGGAGGAGGU